CUGUCACGACCAGUUCUCUUGUACUUUCACUUGCUGUCGCCCAUCCUUGCAUGCCCCCUGCCUGCCUCCGGCCUCCCGAUAACCCUUUCGUUUGCACUUAUCCUGGCCUUCCACGAUGCGCCCCACCUUGACCUCCGCCACCGUCGCGAGCCUCCUCACUUCGCCGCUUUCGCUCUUCCUCGCCCUCGCCCUCUUGCUCGCAACGGCAUCCUCCACAUGGGCACAGUCAGCAUCUUCGUCAGGGGGAAACGCGCCUCUUACCACAAAUAACGCCCAGAGCGCGUGCGUUCAAUACGGAGACUGCACCACCGCAGCUGGCGCAACACAAACCAUCUCGCAACUCUCGCCAGUCACGCCCCCCGCGUCCAGCCUGCUCACCAUCCCCAUCCCGACCGACGCUGCGCAGGUGCCUGCAUACGAAGCUUCUCUUGCGUCGGCCGGCGCUCUCUCCGCAUACUCCUCACGCAUAGCGGGUGGCAUGAACACAAACGCAGCAGGCUCCACCGUCCUGCCGGGCACAGUUGCCAGUGCGGGCCAGGCCCCGUCGAGCGCGCUCAGCGCCCAGAUCAGCCAAAACAGCGGAAAGAACGCGGCGGGGCCCGCUGUCAGCGCGAAUUGGAAGAUGUUGGCUCUCAGUCCGGCAAUUGCCCUAGUCGCUGCCGCUGCAGGUGCCGCGUACCUGCUCUAAGUGCAACGGUACCGUAUCAUUUUGCUUGGAGGGUGACGGAAGGGUCAUUUCCUUUCCUCUCACGCGGAUCGCUAAUCACGGUCGCUCGUGCUAUCUAUGUAC